AUGGUUGUUUACUCCUUCUAUAUCUUCGAUCGUCAUGCUGAAUGCAUCUAUAAUCGGCGCUGGCUCCCACGCCCAACCUCCAUGACUGGCAGCAAGUCCUCACGACCGACUUCCGAAACAUCUACUCCGGGUCUCCCCGCAACACUAGGCCAAACUGCGCGCGCCACGGAUGACGAUGCCAAACUCAUCUUCGGUACUGUUUUCUCCCUGCGCAACAUGGUUCGCAAGCUAGGAGGCGAGGACGACAAUUUCGUUACCUACCGCACGAGCCAAUACAAGCUCCACUACUACGAAACUCCUACCAACAUCAAGUUCGUCAUGCUGACGGACCUCAAGAGUCCAAACAUGCGUGUUGCUUUGCAGCAGAUCUACAUCAAUCUCUACGUCGAAUACGUGGUCAAGAACCCGUUAUCCCCCGCCGAGCAUCCAGGUGGUAUUGGAGUGAACAACGAGCUCUUUGAAGAGUCUCUGGAGCAGUUCGUGACUCGGGUUCUAUCGUGA